UGCCCGAGCUGCGAAGAGAAGCCGUAGUUCUGCUCGAACAAGAGAGAAUAAGAGGCAACCUAGUUCAGCUCAGUCCGCCCGCGAUACUCGACGCCCCCUCCCGCCCUCCUUCGAGACCUCGAAACUGCCCCCCCGAGACUUAACAGCCAACCAACUUUCGCCAUGCUUCGAGCCGUCGUCCCCAGAGCCAUCGCAGGCAAGCCUGUAGGCCCUAUUGGCUACGGCAUGAUGAACCUGACGCUAUUCGGAAAACUCACCUUCGACCAAGCGAUCGAGCCCCUAAAGACGGCCCUCGAGAACGGUGCCAAUUUCUGGAACGCUGGCACGUUCUACGGGCCGCCCGACGCCAACUCGCUGCACCUGCUCAAGCACUACUUCGCCAAGUACCCCGAGGACGCGUCCCGCGUGUUCCUCAGCGUCAAGGGGGCCUACGACGGCGCCACCCAGGUGCCCGACGGCUCCCCCGCCGGCAUCCGCGCCGCCGUCGACGACGCCCUGCGCGUCCUCGCCGGCGCCAAGGCCAUCGACCUGUUCGAGUGCGCCCGAGUCGACCCGCGCGUCCCCGUCGAGACCAGCGUCCGCACCCUCGCCGAGCUCAUCCGCGAGGGCAAGAUCGGCUCCUACGGCCUCAGCGAGGUCGGCCCCGCCACCGUCCGCCGCGCCCACGCCGUCCACCCGCCCGCCGCCGUCGAGGUCGAGCUCAGCCUCUUCUCGCGCCACGUCCUCGCCCCCGGCGGCGUCGCCGACGUCUGCCGCGAGCUCGGCAUCCCCCUCGUCGGCUACAGCCCCCUCGACCGCGGCUGGCUCACCGGCCAGUUCCGCACCCUCGACGACCUCGCCCCCGACGACGUCCGCCGCCACUUCCCCCGCUUCCGCCCCGGCGCCUUCGAGCAGAACGUCAAGCUCGCCGGCGCCGUCGCCGAGCUCGCCGCCCGCAAGGGCUGCACCAGCGCCCAGGUCGCCAUCGCCUGGGUCCGCCACCAGGGCGUCCUCCCCAUCCCCGGCGCCACCGGCAGCGCCCGCGUCGCCGAGAACUGCGUCCCCGUCGAGCUCACCGACGCCGAGCUCGCCGAGCUCCAGGCCGCCCUCGAGAAGACCGAAGUCGUCGGCGAGCGCUACCCCGAGAUGUUCCAGGACCUGCUGAACCAGUAGACCGCCGGCGUGGCCGGUGGGCUCGCGUCCCGCACCCAAGGCGCCGUCGAGGGCCUCGGCAUCCCGAUUUCCUGGGACGUAGUGAUA